CCGGCGUUAAACAUUCGAAAACGAGUCGAAUGCGGAAGUCCAUAGCAAGAUGGCGGCCUUUCACUACAACUUUGCAAUAAUUUGCCGUGUACCUAAUGCAUUAAAAAACAGAAGUGUAGGAUCAGAUAAUUAUCCCGAGGGCAUCGAUAUAGAAAAGGCAAAGCAAGAAUAUGAAACAAUUAGAGAGGUUUUAAAAAACUGUGACAUCAACAUUAUUGAAUUGGUCGAAGAUGAAAGCUACCCUGAUUGCUGUUUUGUGGACGAUACUGCAGUUGUAAUUGGGAAUACAGCUCUAAUAGCACGACCAGGGCAUAGUUCUCGACAGGGAGAGGUUGGUAACAUUUAAAUAUAUUCCUGUAUCAAAUAAAUACUCAUUGAUGAUUCCUGCAGUAAGCAUGAAUAAGUUAUUGAAGAAUUUAAUUAGGUACUUUGACACAAAAUUUAAAUAUUGUCCGAUCGACAUGAAUGAUACAUCAUUUUAAAGUAGAUACUUUGGUAAAAAAUGUAAACAUUUUUUUAAAAAUAAACCAAUGGCACAGUUGAAUAGUGCUAAUUUUAAACAGAAUUAUAACACCAAAAUCAUAUUUUUAGCUGUUGUAGUUUUAAAGUUAUGAAUUUUUAAAGUACGACUUGGUUUGUCCUUUUUUAACAUGGACUGCAUCUCCACAUUCUGUGACCUCAUUCCGCCGAUCGCGUCAUGCGCAAUGACUAUAUAGUUUAUAUAAGGCUAAGGCAUUCCCUUAUCACUAAAAUACUGUUUAGGGUCGAUUUAUUUUAAACUUUCAACUUUGGCACAUGAAUAAUUAAUUAAAGCUUUCCCUGACCAAUGGUUUAAUAGUUUUUGCACACGGCAAACACUUAUGAAUGAAACUCUGAGAUAGUACUACGAUAUAGCCGUUAUGCAAGUGGCUGUGAAUGGUUGCCAAUGACAACGUGUUGCACACGGAAAUUUCUGAUCAUUUAUAAUAUGGACUCUACAGAGUUUUUAAAGCUCAAAUUAAAACAUUCCAGUUUAAAUGUCUUCAAAAUGCAUUCUGAAACACAAGUUAUCAAAUAUUUUGAUGUAUAUAGUGGUAAUAAUUAAAUAUUUCUUAAGUAUCGGCAACUUCCGCCAUUAAAAAGGGGGCGUGGCCCACGCAAUGUCGAAAUAAGGCUGAGCCCCCUUAUGGUGAUAUGGGUCACUGGGAGAAGCGUAGCGAACGUGGGACACGACCUACAUCAAUGAGAAUUGGCACAGAUAUAUAUCAAUAUCUGAUGCCUUACACGAUUUAAUAUGAAAGACCUGUAUUUUAUAUUUCACAAAAAAUUUUGCAUGCGAAGAUGCCUUAUAUAUACCAAAGAUUUCCAAAAUAAAGGUCGAUUGAAAAAGCAAAAUAGUUUGAUGGAAAUGUAGGCCAAGAUGUCUUCCAAAUUAUAAGGCCGGAAACGGAACUCAAAUAUAUGUCCAAAGAACUAAUUUAAUAAUAAAUAGACACACACAUCGGAAAAUUAAAAACUCGGAUUUUUCGGUGCCGAUGCCCAUUUCCGAUACAAAAAAAGUAGUAGUCUCCCUUGUUUAUCGAAGUAUCUAUUUAAAGGGCUAGCUAUAAGCUUUACAACAACACCAAUUUCAUCUUUCUAUCUUUUAUAGAAGUGGAGUUAUGAUUUUUUUGGUGAUUUUUUAAAACCCCCUUCUUUAUCUCAGUAUUUAACUGAAAAAACGUGUGACCCACUUUCCAAAUUUCUGCCUUAUUUUGCCCAAAACUUUUGGAUUUUAAAAGAUAAUGCUACCAAAUUUUCAGGAGACAUUCCCAAUGCAAUAUACAACCCAAUAAACAACAAAACUUUUAUAUAACAUCAAGACUUUUAUUUUUUGAUAUAUUUAUUUGUGGGUAUGUUCAGAAAAUAGUGAACAGAAAAAUUGCGAAAAUCAUUAUUUAUACAGGAAAAAACGAAAAAAAUAUCAUCUUUAUUGAAUUUUAAAUAAUUGUAUUAUACUUGUUUUACAUUUUAAAUCAAUUAUUAUAUUUAUAAAAAGGUAAGUAUUCUUUUUUUAUAUAUAAAAUUGAAUGCAUGUAAUUAUAAAUAAAAAUUACUCUAAUAAAAUCAUCUAUGAUGAUGAGACUAAUUUAUUAAAAAAUGUUAUUUGAUAUAUUAAAUAAUUGUCUAUAUGUACUGCUUUUCAAUGUUCUACUAAAAAUAUAAUUACAACAAUGAUGUUGUUUGAUUCUUGUUUAUUAAUUUGAUGUAUUUUAAUAAAACUGUUAUAUAUAGGCUUAACUUAAAAUAUAUUAUUAGUAAGUGUGGUUGUUGAUUGUUGUAGUACUAGUACUAGUAAUAGAAUUAGAUUAAGAAAAAUUAAGCUUAGGCCUAAAUAUAGACUAUUAUAGGAUUAUAAUAACAGUUGUUUAUAAUUAUAACUGAUAUUGAUAUGUAGGCCUAAUUUUAGUAAUAUUGUCUGAAAUAAUGAAUAAGAGAAAAGCGAUUAUUAUUAUUGACAUUACUAUUGUAAAACUAUUAAAUAUUGAUUCAAUAAUUAUGAAGAACGAUAAACUGUGUACCGGUACCGUACACAAUUUUUAACGUAAUAAAUAAAACUUAAAACCAACCAUUGGUUACUACAUAAUUAAACUUUUAUGUUAUUUGGUUAUAAUCUUUUCUUAAAAUUAUUCAUUUUAAACGUCUUAUCAUUAUUUAGACGUUUAAGGAUUUAACAUAACGAAUCACAGUGAUAGCAGCCAUUUCCGGCUUCUUGAUCAAAAAAAAAAAAAAAAGACAAUUUCAUACCCCCACUCCUUCGUGGGAUGCAUAACUUUUUAUAGACAGAUCAACGAUAAUAACUCUAAAAAUGAAAAAACUCUUACAAUGAAUGUAGAUUGGGUGGAACUAAACCUUAUUUUGGUGGCUUUACUAGUAAAAAAGUAUUUAUGCGAUUUAUAAACUAACCGAGUCAUUAUAAUAAUACUGUCCGUGAUACACAAAAAAUCUUGUAGCAUAAAUCAAUAUAUCACCGGAACACAAAAACUGAUACGUCACUGAUGAGGAAAGCAUUAUUUAAUAAACAAAGGUGACGUAGUAUUCAAUUUUCCAAAGAUACCGUGUAGCCGUACGCCAUAUUGUAGAACACGUUUUUUCGACAUUUUAGGACAUGCGCAGAACGGUGCGUGGACAAGUAUUGUUAUGCCUAAUUUAAUAGACAUUUAGUUUAGCCUACAAAAUUCAAACAAUGAGUUACAAUGUGACUGUGACAAUCUCAGUAAAUUGGGCUAAGUUUAGUGGGUAAAUUUUGGGUUAACAGUAUGGUUUAGCUGAAUUACCCUAAGCGCAUUCAUGUCCUUUUGGAGAAUCCCAACUCUUAGAGUGACCAAAGACCAAUUGUUGGACCUGACCUGAAUGAUGUGUCGUGUGUGAUAACUUUCCUCUGUUCUUUACUGAGCAUUAUUCGCAUCAUAAACUAAAUCGACGAUCGAUAUGGUUAAUACAAAAUAUACUAAAAUUAAAUUUUCCAUUAAUUUUUAUUAAAAUUCAACGUACAAGUUUCGGCUAAUGUUAAGAGAUAGCACCCUGGUUCCGAUAGUGUAAAACCCUGGUUCCGAUAGGGUCAAACCCAGUUUAGGGAUAAGUUUAGGGUUCAGGUUAGGUUUUGGGAUAGGUUUAGGGUUCAGGUUAGGUUUAGGGAUACAUUUAGGACAUAAGUUCGCUGGUCACGGCAACCAAGGUAAAAAAACGCGAUGCUAUCUCUUCACAUUUACCCAAGUUUCAAAAGAAAAGAAAGAGAAACACAUCCACGCUGAUACCCCAAAACCAAACACCGGUUAAAAAAAAAAAGAUGCAUGCUAAAAGUGCUGUCUUUGAAUUAUUUGAAAAUCGAAGUACCUGUGCCAUAUCUUUCCGUAUGCUAAAACUUCAGUAACAAAAAGGAAGACUACUAAUUGAAUUGUAAAAUAUUUGGGCUUGAUAACUCGUGUUUCAGAAUGAAUUUAGAGGGCAUUUCAACAGGGAUAUUUUAAUUUGAGGUUUAAAACGUGGUAGGUUCCAUAUUAAAUAUUAUCAUAAUUUUCAGAGUUACAUUCAUAAGAAGUUGCUGUGGGCAAACACUAUUAAACCAUUGGUCGUGAAUGGUCAGGGAAAGAUAAAAUUAAUAAAUUAGUCGUGUGCAAAAGUUGGAAGUACAAAAUAUAAUUUUCCUCCCACUUAAAAAGCCACUUUCAAUACCAACAUAAUAAACAAAAUUAUCUUCUGGGGAGGGGAGACCCCUCCCCCCACUUUAAAUGCCAAAAUAAGAAGUAAUCUUCUGGGAAGGGUAAACCCCUCCUCCUACUUUCAAAAAUAGAAAUAAGAAAACAAAAACUUGCAUUAAGUAUUAAGUGGACACAAUAUAAAAAUCGAAAUCUUUUGAAUCCCGGUAUGACACUACAGACGGAAGUUGACCUGGGGGGAACCUCCGUGACCUAUAUACCAUGGAACACAUAGCUGGCCUUAUCGCUAAUCCAAAAUCAGCCGUAAAAGUCAGUUACAGUAGUAUCAGAAAUUAGUAUAGAAUAGAAACAUAUUCCUUUUGCUGUUCUCUGAGUUACUAUAUUUUUACAAUUGUUUAUUUUUAUAUUUGCUACCUUUGUGUUUGUACUGUUUGCUGAUGAAUAAAGGCUUCUUGCUGACACAUUAGUUGUUUUGUUACAUCCUUUUUUUCUUCAGGUUUUCCCCUACCUUGUUCUACCUACAUGUUUCCUUUAACUUUUACCUAUCCAGGUCUCAGUCUUCCCCCCUCCCCGUUAUUACCUUAACUUUAGGUUGCUAUGUAAAGUAAACUAAAUUCAGUACUGGUAACUGAUUUUAUGAUUUUUGACUUGUUUGUUAAGCUUUAAAAUGGCUUAUUUCUAUUACACAAUUUUAUUAUCAAUAUAACAUGAUGUCUAGUGAUUGUUAUCCUUUCACGUAAAGGUUGGAGAAAUACGCAAAGUACUGAAAGGAGAUCUUCGUAUGAAUGUUGUUGAAAUUCAGAAUGCAAAAGCAACACUUGAUGGUGGCGAUGUUCUUUUUACAGGUAACAAACAAUAGUUGUUAAAAAGUAUAUAGGCAACAUGUAGAUGUUAAGGUACUGACUUUUUAUUCAGUGUUUAUUGUUAGUAUAUUAUAAAAGAUUUGUUGAAUAUCUACUAAUCUACUACUCUAUUUGAAUUAGUAAGUUAUCUGUUGUUAAUCCAUGAACUGUUAUUAUGGCUGACGCUCAGCCAGCGUGGCUGAUUUUCUGGUGUUAACAUUAUGGCUGAUAUAAAAUGAACAUUAUAAAUUCAAAUCAGCAAAUUAGAUUUACUUCCUAGUACAGGUAAUAGAAAACUAAAACUAAGCUAAAUAUUUCAUGUGUUCAUAUUUUAAAAAAAUGUUUGAAUCAAAGUGAAAUUUUCAGAGUAAAAAAAAAGAGAAAAAAAAAGAACCAACUUUUGGGACUCACAUGUUGCCCCUAAAGCUAAAGCCUAAUUUAUUUGAAUUAUUUCUCUGUGAAAGUGAUUUUGAAGAUAGUUUUGUUGAAAUACUCAUUGUAGGGUUAAUUGUGGUAGUGGGGCUGGCAAUAGUGGAGAAGCAGUUCAAGUUCUAAUAGUGGAAGAACUGGAAAAUAGGGUACUAAUGAACUUAAAAGGCAUUAUCAGAUUUGUCUACUCUUAUUUACCAUUUUGAAACGUUUACGAUUUUAUGCCAAGAACUGUCAGAACUAUGAUUUUAAGAGACUGGAUUGAAAAUAUAUACAUUCUGGUAGGUAGUUUUUCGGAUUAAAUUUUUAAAUAAAAAAAAGUACCUUUUUGGUUGUUUGUUUUAGCUCUUUUCUACAUUCAGCAGUAAAUGGAUAGAAAAAUACAAUUGGUUGGGGACUUCUUUAUAAAUAUAUUAUGUUUGCCCUGAGAGGGGAAGGGGUGGUGUUGAUUUAGAUGUAGUGUAAAGUUGUGUGGCAGUGGUGUUUCUAAUAUUUAAGUCUAUAAAAAUAACAAUGCCACAUUUUUGUAAUGAUGGUGAUGAUGGUCAUAUUGUUGCUUCGUGCUUUCAUAAUGAACUCGCUACACAGCAACAAUAAUAUAAGGGUAGUAAACCUAGUGACAAUUUUUGUCAAUCCUCGCUUAUGUUUGCUUCUGUGCUAUAUGAUUUCGACAUAAAGGAUCUGAGAGGGCCAUUGAAAUCUAUUUUUAGAACACACAAAACACUCAAGAUUUUUAAUACCUCUAAUAGGUUCCAACACUCCUAUUUCUUUAUAUGUUUAUUUAUUUACCAUUAACAUACUGUAUUGUAUGAUUUUUGAGCCAAUGUACGAUUUUAGGAGUUCGGGGGUAAGUAGGACUUCAUUAUAUAAAGAAAUAUGUAUGUCAGUGUGCAUAAGGAACAUUAGGACUGUUUAUUACUGUAUGUAUUAAUCCACUGUAAAUUUUGUCCAAAAAGCAAUAUCAAAUGAUUAAAAAUGAGAAUGUGUAGUGACAGUGUAAUAUAUUGUAACUUUUGAUCCUAAAACCAAAGGCAAAGAGAUAUUUGUUGGAGUUGGGAAACGAACAAAUGAGUUUGGUGCUCAAGCAGUUGCAGAGGCUUUCCCAGAAUAUGCUGUAUCAAAGGUGAAUUUCGCCAACUGUGAGGCCUUGCACCUGAAGGAUGUCUUUAACAUGGCAGGUCGAAAUGUCAUGGCUGUUGCCCCAGGACCUGACGUACAAGUUGUUUUGAGGGUAAGUAGUUCAUUUGAGCAGUUUUCUUCCCCGAUUGACUAAAAUUCAAUAAAAGGUAUUAAUUUGUCCUUAAAGUGCAGUAGAAUGCUGAUUAUCCGAAUUGUGGGUGAUUCAGAUGAACGUAGAAGAAAACUGAAUUUGAGAAUUUUUUCUUAAAUAUAAAAAUUAAUUAGGCAGGAAUGAGCUUAUUCGUAUAGAACUAGAAGUCGUUAACUAAAUGACAUAUUGGUUUAACUUUCGAACUGAAUCCACAGCAAAUGCAAGAUGUUGCUGACUAUCCAUACAGUGUUAUGCAGAUGGACUCUCGUUUGGCCACAGACAUGCUCUAUGUCAAUGGCCAUCUUAUCCAUCAUGUGCGACAGGAGAUGGGAGACAAAAGCUAUGGGGUAAUCAGAAUCUCGUUAAAAAAAAAUUAUUUGUAACGCCUUUUAAUCGAAGAAUAUUUUUAAAAAAAAUCUAUUGACUACCAGUGUGUAGUAACAAGGUUAUGGUGCAUAAAAAAAAUUCCUUUGAGAAAUUUUAAACUAAAAAAAAAAAAGACGACUUGUGACCUUGUAUUUUUUAAUAAAAUUUCUGCUUGUAAUAAUAUAUUAACUUUUCCCCAAGUGCAAAUGCACAGUAAUUAGUGCAAUGUUAUUAUUAUUAUAUAUUUAAAGAUAUACAUAUUUAUGAGACCUACGGCUCAUGACAUUCAUAAAAUUUGAAUUAUUUCACAAAAUAUUUUUACAUUUCUUCACUGUGUAGAAAAUUAGUUUUAAAUGUAAAUUGGAACUUUAGCAGAAAUAAAAAUCUUCUGAGUGUUCAAGGCUGAGCAAGCUAUUUGAUCCAACUUUUCUUUUAUUGAGCUAUUUAUUCAAGUACCCUGUAAAUGAAAUAUUUUUGUUUGAAAUACACAAUUUUCAUGUCAUUUGCUACAAAUUUAAAAACAAUUUUGUUAAAAUCUCAUAAUUUAUCUUUUUAAACACUUAUGCAUGAUAGAGACUAUGAUAAGGUAAAAAAAUAAAAAAAAGGGAUCUCUGUACGGUAUUUGAUUGUAUGAUUCAAAAUUUAAUUUUUUACGACCUUUUUUUCAUUUUGCAUUCUGUGAUUUAUUGUACAUUUUAGCACAAGUUAUAACUGUUAGCAUCAUGCUAUAGCUAACAUAUUACUCUCCGUAUAUAUAUAUAUACAUAUAUAAUAUAUUACAUCAAUAAUACAUAUAUAUAUUAAUACAUGACAAAACAAUAUUAGGCAUGCUCUUGAUACAAAUUCUUGAUGAGCACUUUAAAAAAUAACAGGAUUAUGUAUACAUUUAUCAACUAUACAUUUGCCGGCAUUCAUUCGUUUUUGAGAGUUGAUGGUGUAGCUUCACAUUUUCACCCUUGGGUGAGUGAUUUUUCCGUAGGAUCCUACUAUAAACAGAUAUUUAUUUAUUUAGGCAUUUUUUAUAUAGCGCUUACCUUAAAGCUCUAAGCGCUUUACAAUUAUUAAAAACAUGUAAACUAAGUAAAAUAAAAAAAUGAGACACUAGGAUAGUAACUACUAUACUAUAGAAACAAUUAAAAUGGCUAUAAAACGAGGACACUUUGGCACAUUUUGGCCUAUAAUACAAGAUCAACCCGAGACAGAAAAUGAGAUAUAUAUUUAUUAUACUGCCUAUUUUUAUUAUUGCAAUAGUCCACAAAUAUAUGUUCCUUUAUGGAUAUACCUGCAUGAAACAAUUAGAGAUAUGGUGUACCUGCAAUUAAAAGAAAAAAAAACGGUACCAGACGCUGCAAUUUUAAUAAUGCACAGUGCAAAUAGCAUGUGACACUAGAAUUCACUUAUGUAACAAAUGAUCCAAUGUUAAGGCCUUGGAAUGUACAGAGGUCUUCACCUGAUGUCUAUUCAAGUGAGAAUUUCAAGCAUGUGUCUACUUCAUAAAAUAGCAUGUUUGAAACAAUAUACCUCGAUGGUAAGUCUGCAAAUGUAGAACUUGUGCAUGUCACACCAGAAAGGAUCUGCAACUGCAAGCUGCUAACAAAUCAUAAUCCAAAAAAAAAAAUUUCUGGGUUCUCAAAAGGAAUAAAUGACAUGAAUUUUUAGAUGCUGGACCAACUUGUUGAUCCUGAUAUUGGGCGUGUUGAGCUGAACAUGAAAGAAUUGACAUUUGAAGGACGAGGAAUUGCAGGGCUACCAUUGAUGUGUCUGAAGCUGAAGACUUAUACAAAUUUAAUCUACAGUUAAAGCUGUAAGAGUCCUAUUGAGGUAUGCACUCUUGAUGUCUGAUUGCCACGGUCAAUUUGCCUAAUCAUUGAAACCAUUUGACUGUGCAGGGAAGUUUUUCCAUGACGAAAUGGAUUUGAUGUGAAGAAGCUGUGAUUGGCUGGUAACAUUGCUCUAAUACAAGCACAAUCCUUACUUAAUAUUUUUUUAUUUCCCCAUUAUUACAUUAAAAAUAUUAUAAAGAGCGCAGUGUUGUAAGACUAUUGUAAUAUUAAUUCAUAUUAGCAGGGCUGCUAUACGUUAUAACAGAAUUUGUUCUAGAACAAAGAAAGGUGGAUUAACUCUUAACUGAAAAUUAUUUGCAAAGGUGAUUCUGAUUUGUAAAACUAUGCUUGAUGAAAGGCAUACUUUUUGUCAUCAAUGGUAGUGAUUUGUCUGUGUGAUAUUGAUCAAAGCUCUUGAUUUCAUCAGGUGUUAGAUGAAAAGAUCCUCACACCCAGGCACCACGUUCAGAUGACAGAACUUUCCAAAGUUGGAGGUACCAUAGGCAGCUUGGCUAUCUUGAUUACUCGAACUCGCAACCCCAAGCGCUUCAUUAGCAACAUUCAAGAUGAGGACUUGGGAUAUUUCACCAUGUGGAAACGUUCUGAUCCCCACAAUUAAAGAGGCAUCUCAGAAAGGCAAUUUUCACUUUUUAUUGCAAUGUAGUAUUAGACAUAAAAGUCAGUCAUGUGAGGCAUUUAGGUUGUUAGCAUUCCUAGAUUUAAUUUAAAAUGAUUUAAACUGGUUUUACAGUGACUACCAGAUUAUACAAGAAAGCUAUCUUUCCUUAAAGUAUCAAUGUAAAUAGGGAUGAUGUACCGAAUUACUUAAGUGAAUACAUUCAAUUUUACCAUUUUAAAUGUAAAUUUUUUAUAUUUUACAUACUUCAAGAGUGUCAUUCAUUCUUGUACACUUUCAAAGUUCACCUGAGAAUAUUGUUUAUGUCCUGCUAGAGCUAUUAGUGUAAUAUCUGUCAUAAUCAUCACUACUAUACAUAAAUUAAAAGCUUGAAUUUAUUAUUUUUUGCAUAAGUGUCAUUUCCCAUUCACUUUUUAACUCCCAUUUUUUUGUAAUGUCAUUAAUAAUAAAGUUGAACGUUUUUAAAGCGUUGUCUUAAACUUCCAUAGUCUAGUCUUGGCAGUAGUUGUCAUCUUUCUGUGCUAUAUCACUAGCUGUAGCCUACUGGUAUAUCCCCAGUUUAUGGUCACAAAAUAUAAUUAAAAUUACACUGGAAAUAAAUCAUGAUUCUUUGAAAGAAUAUGUUUGCUAACACUAAUACAAAAACCUUAAAAUGAAUUUAAAGACCUUUUGUUGUUUGGAGACUGUGAUUGUUGCAGGAAAAAACACACCAUUUUACAAACUGAUUAUGUGGACCUUUAACACUGCAUGUUUUAAUUAAAUAAUGACUCUUAAUUAAAUAAUGUGUUUGUUUUUAUUAUUAGUAUUGUUUGCUUUAAAAAUGAGUAGGCAAAAAAAUUCUUAUUUCUAAAAUAGUUAUAGAAAAUAGCAAUAGGAGAUAUUUGAAAUAAUAAAUUUUCCUACUUUGCAUAUUUUUUCUUCAUCACUAAAUUUGCUUUCUCAGUAAUUGUAUACUUUUAUUGGAGGAUGUACGAUCAAUAUGUGAUCACUGAUUAACUGCGCAGAUAAUGUUGUGACAUCUCCACACUGUUUUAAUUGAUGUCUCUCGGCGCCAAUCCUGUAGAAUACUAACCUUUGUUUCGUGGGCUGUGCUUUGAAUAUUAUCAUUAUUCACCAGUGCUUUGGUUUUUAUCUCAUUGGAUUCCUUAUCUUCAUCUCUUUAGUUUACUUUAUGAUCCUAGUUAUAAUUUUAAAAAAGCAUUUAUUGAUAUCCUUAAGUUCUCCAACUAAACUAUACUCCCUUUGCAUUAAUGACUACUUUAAUGAAAUGCACAAAAUUAUUUUGUUGCUGUGCAAACACAUGCAUUAAUAGAAUUUUAGAUUGUGCUUGGUCUAUGUUAAGUAAAAUAACAUUCCAUUUUUUAAAUUAUUUUGUUGAAGCUUUUUACAAAUAUUUACAUAUCCAGAAAAUACAGAAAUUUAAGUGAGAUUAUCUGAUGGUAUUGAAUUUAAUUUCAAGUAUAUUGACUUUUAUCUUUCAUUGAAACUGGUGAAUUUUUCUGAAAUUAAGAACAAAUUAUGUUUUUUACUGCACUUCCCCAUGUACUUUUUUCUUGUAUAUUUACCUGGUCUGUACCGGGUACUUACUAAAAUUGUCUUGAACAAAAAAGCUAACACAGAGCAUUUGUAACAUCAGAAUCUCAUUAAUUCACCACAACCAAUCUGGCAUUAUGGUUAAAAACAGAUAUUUGUAACAAUAUUUGACCUGAUUUGAAUGGUAAGAGAGUUGCCCUUCUUAAUAUUCCAGUGUGGCAGAAUUCCAUUCCUGUAGACAUCUGUCCCCAUUUUUACUGUAUUCUAUUGCUUUCAUAUUUAAUUAUUUUAACUUGAUUUUAAAUCUUGGAUACAUAGUUUUUGUCACUGUCCAUUCCCUUUUAAACCACUUAUUAAUGUUCACUCCGUCUGUCCUAAUACAUUUUCCCAAGAAUCAUUCCACCAAUAAAAGCAUCUCAAAGCAUUUUGCAAAAAAAAAAAAAAAUCCUGCUGUUUGUUUUCAUCUUUAAAUGUAAGUAAGUAAAAGUAAGUAAGUCAAUAAAUUGAUUUAUAAAAUGCUUAUAUAAAUUCUUCCCCCCCCCCCAGCAUAAAUAUAUAAAUAUAGAUAGGCAUGAUUUUUUUCUCCAUUAGAAACAAAUGACAAAGGUAUUUGCAGUACAACCCAGGCUGGAGACAACCCAGGCUGUUGUGUUUAUUUUGAUAUAUUGUGCUUCCAAAGUUGUUUGCUCACAAGAUGCAUUGUCACAAACGAAUUUCACUCACAUAUUCAAUUACACAUUGUCUACAAUAAAUUUUUACGUUAAACUCUAUAAUUAAAAUCUGUACGAUACCCGAAAGCUUUUGAAUGUAUUUUUUAAAAUGUAAAUUUCUAGAAUAUCUCCGUUUUGCUAGCCGUGAUGUAUCUUAAAAUGCAGUGCUGAGAAUAUUCAAGAUGAGUUAAAAGGGUGUGUUAGAAAUCAACACAUUAAACAUUCAGCAUUUGGCAGACUGUCUUAUUUCUAUGCUGUGCAUUUUCAUUUUUAUCUCAAAAUAAAUCAUAUUAUUCUUAUAAUUAGUAGUACUUCCCUUUUCUCAUCAUUUGUUAUUGCUGUAUUAGGCCUGAUUUGUUUUAUAUGUUUUUUUAAUUAAACUUAGAAGAAUUAUACCAAUUAAUUUAUGUUACCUGUACUCUAAACAGAAAAAGCAACUGUAAUAAAAAUAAAACAAAAUAAUUUAUCAAGUCCCAUUCUGAGAUAUAUAAUUACAGAAUGCUGCAAAUAACGCAUUACAGUAUCAUUAUUUAUCAUAUCUGUGGCUGCAUUCAUGAACAUAUCCGUUAAAAUUCUUUUUGUUGUUGUUUUUUUUUUGUUUUUUGAGUUAGCCUAUUUAGGCAGGGCCUAAUAUGGCAUAUUAUACAGACACUAAUUUUGGGGAUAGGCCAGAGUUGUAAAAUAAAAUAUUCACUUAAUGUUGUUUUUUUUUUCAAAAAACAUUUCCCUUAGUUGUAUAACUUGUUAGUUAUUAUUAUGUACCAGGUACAUGAAUGGGGCUACAGAUAUAUUAAAUAAUAAGUAAACAAAUUUAACAGAAAUUGUUCCGAUCAAAACAUGAAAUAAUUAUAUUACAAAACCCCACCCCAAAAAUAUACAUAGUCCCCUUUGCAAUGUUAUUUAUCAAAUGUAAAGGCACAUUGUCAAUUUUUACAAAAAUGUGAUUCAUUUUAUGUAUGUUGAUGAACACAAUUUAAGACAGUCCUGAGUUUCCCUUUGUAAGCAGAGAUCUCAAAUUUGUUGACUGUUCCACAUGAGCUGGAAGUGCUGCACGCUUUUGGCCAAC